AUGGUUUGGAUUUGGGCAACAAUUGGGUUGCUUGCACUUGUUCACAUCCUGCAAGCAUGGUGCAAGAACAAGAAGAAGAGGUUACCUCCUGGUCCAAGAGGGUUUCCCAUUUUUGGAAGCCUUCACUUGCUAUCAGGGGAGUUCCCUAACAAGGAUCUUCAUCGACUAGCCCAAAAAUAUGGUGACGUCAUGUACAUGCGCUUAGGCCUUAUGCCCACCAUUGUUGUCUCAUCUCCACAAGCUGCCAAGCUGUUCCUGAAAACACACGACCUUGUGUUUGCUAGCAGGCCACCUCAUGAAGGUGCAAAGCACAUCUCUUUUGGGCAGAGGAACUUGAGCUUCGCUGAAUAUGGCCCGUAUUGGCGCGACAUGCGGAAGAUGUGCACACUUGAGUUGCUCAGCAACCACAAAAUCAACUCUUUUAAGUCCAUGAGGCGAGAAGAGGUUGCUCUCUGUGUUGAGUCUAUUCGAGACGCUGCCUAUAAGGGACAUGUUGCUGUUGAUCUGAGUGACAUUGUCUCAUCUCUCAGCGUGGACAUGAGCUGCCGGAUGGUGCUUGGGAAGAAGUACAGGGAUGAGGAUUUUGAUACGAGGGGUUUCAGGUCUGUGAUCAAAGAGGGCCUCCAAUUGGCAGGCGCCUCUAACUUGGCUGAUUACAUUCCUUUUAUAGCUCCCCUUGACCUCCAAGGGUUUACAAAGCGGAUGAAGUCUGUUAACAAGGCGUUUGAUACCUUUUUUGAGAAGAUCAUUGAGGAACAUCUUCAAUCUAACGAUGGAGAAAGGACUAAAGACUUUGUUGAUGUCAUGGUGGGCUUCAUGGGAUCCGAAGAAUCUGAAUACCAAAUCGAACGCCCUCAUAUCAAAGCGAUAAUAAUGGACAUGCUGGUGGCCUCCAUGGACACGUCAUCAACAACGGUCGACUGGGCACUGUCCGAGCUAAUGAGGCAUCCAAAAGCAAUGAAACAAGUCCAAAAGGAGCUAGAAGAUGUUGUUGGAUUGGAGAGAAUGGUAGAGGAAUCAGACUUGGAGAAAUUGGACUACUUGAGCAUGGUAGUGAAGGAAACCCUGAGGCUACACCCAGUUGCGCCAUUGUUGGUUCCUCAUGCGGCCACUGAAGACUGCAUCGUCAAUGGCUACCACAUACCCAAAAAAUCGCGCGUUAUCAUAAAUGCUUGGGCAAUUGGGAGAGACCCAAGUGCUUGGACUGAUGCAGAGGAGUUCAUACCAGAAAGAUUUGAGGGUAGCGACGUUGAUGUUAGAGGAAAUCACUUUCAGCUUAUCCCAUUUGGCUCUGGCCGAAGACGUUGCCCAGGAAUUCAGUUAGGGCUCACUGUGGUCCAGUUAAUGUUGGCACAACUUGUCCACUGUUUUGAUUGGGAACUUCCAAAUAACAUGUUGCCAGAAGAAUUGGACAUGAGUGAGUCUUUUGGCAUUACGGUGGAAAGGGCCAAACGUCUAAUCGCUAUUCCUUCUUAUCGACUUCACAAAUGA